AAAAAAAAAAAAAGUACUGGCUAAAUAAAUUUAAAUAUAACAUGAGUAAAUUUACAAAUGAUACACAUAAUAAACAGAAUCUGUUUAAUCACAUGUUGACAUUUGAAAGCAUGGAAUCAUUGGUUAGAAAUACAAUAGGCUUGUUGGUUAAUGGCACAAUCAAUCUUUAUCAGACAAGCAGCAACAAUCGGAUAAACUACGAGAAAGAUGAACCGCUUAAUGAUAUCUCAGAGGAUGCGUCGCAAAUUCUCAUAGACUCGUUUAAAGAAUCAUCAUAUCACAAGGAUACACAUUUAGACAGCGAAAAAAAGACGGACAAUAAGGAAACUACUAACAAGGGUUGUUGUAUUACGAUGGAGGCAAUUACAAGAAUAUGCUUGUUGUCGACCAUGUUAAAAAAAAGACGUUACUCUCACGGAUUGAAAUACCUGCUCGUGUCGGAAUAUUGUUUUGAAAACGGCCAUAAUGAAAUCGGCUUGAAAUAUAUCGCCAAAUUUCUCAUGGAAACCAAAAAUUUUGAUGAGGCAGUGUCGUUAGUUAGAAAAUUGGAAAAGGAAAACAUCGAUAAGACAAUUGAGAAUUUAAACAACUCGCCUGCGACUGAUGAACUCGUAUCAACAUUUUUUAAACACGUUUCCAUGCUAAACAAAAAAGCCAAUAACAAAAUAGUCUUAGAGUAGAAAAAAUUCAAAUUAUCAUCUACUAAGUAAUGAAAUGAUGUAACGGUUUUCAACAUGUGACAAAAGUUAAAAAAUUUUUAUCGAAUGAAAUAUUAUUAU